AGCAGCGCCGAUCUGCGUGACGGACAGACUCCUGUACUGUAGUGUAGUGUGGCUAGACUAGAGUGAUCGGCGUGAAACGCAGGAAGUGGAAGAGCUCUACCGUAUGACAGUAUUUCCGUACAUUUCCGUACAUGUUCCAUCGUCCCAGGAACUAGGAGGCGAUCGAGGAGCGGAUUGCUGACGGCUGCCUUUCCCAGGCACAAUCCUAUGUCUUAGCAAAGACUUCCUUUCGAAAACUUCCUUUUCUCUCCAUAUUCGAAGGUCAGGCCGCGAUGUGUUCCACUGAACUAACGCAACUAAAGUCGUUACUUCUUCGCACCUAGCUCUCCUCAAGUACAUCUACGGAGCCCACACUGCAGCGCAUCCUGACUUUCUGAGUGCUCUGGUACGGACGGUGUGGGUGUCAUACCGGUACCAGUCCUGGUCCGCUGAGUCGUGGAGAGUCGUAGAGGAGAAGUAGAGGCUAGAGCUAGCUUGACUUGAGCCAAGUAGUUAGUUACUAAGUUAGUUGAGGGGUCUCGCGUGAUACCAGCGCCAGCGGUGCGGCAGCUCAGCUAUUAUUUCGCUACGGACACCGGGACAGGGCAAGUCUCGACUCCCCUGCUGGCUUGAUACACGGUCGGCGAGUUCCAGAAUCCAGUGCAGAGUCGGCAACAGGUGUCCAGCUUGACUCAGCUCAGUGGCCCUGGGCAGAACACUGGUCGGGUUACUCGAUAAAGUGGACAACGACGUGGAUAUCGCGGACAAGCCCUUGCUACAGUACUGUAGUAGCUUUCGUUCUGCUCCUGCCUGGAGCCAGUGCUAGUGGAGGCCACAGUUCUCCUGACUAGUUGCGGUGUUUUGGGGCGGGCCAGAAAAGCGGAAGGGUCGCUGAAGCCGAACAGUUCGCGGUGCUGAGUGACUGUUGGUGCUGACCCAGCACUGACAAGAUGCGGCCCGCAGUGGCUGUCCUGUGGGUGCUUGGCGUCUCUACGGGCCUGGUGUAUGCUGCACCUGCCAGCGAGGAGGGUGAAGCGCUGUUCCCAGAAUACAGCAGCAAUGCGGCUAAGAGUGGCAUGCAAGUUGCAUUACUGGACUGGUUACGUCAGAUGACAUCCAUGAUGAGUCAUACCAUGGGAUUAGACAAGACGGCACACAGUCCCAGUCCUGGCACCUAUAGUGAGAGCACUGGUAGCCUCGUUGCUGGUGCCAAUAGCACAGCUGGCAGCGGAGGCAAUGGCGGUGGCGGAGCUGGCGGUGGAGGCAAUGGCGGUGGAGCUGGCGGUGGAGGCAAUGGUGGAGGAGGCAAUGGUGGCGGAGCUGGCGGCGGAAGCAAUGGUGGUGGAGGCAAUAGUAGCGUAGCUGGCGGCGGAGGCAAUGGCGGUGGAGCUGGCGGCGGAGGCAAUGGUGGUGGAGCUGGCGGCGGAGGCAAUGGUGGUGGAGCUGGCGGCGGAGGCAAUGGUGGUGGAGCUGGCGGCGGAGGCAAUGGUGGUGGAGGCAAUAGUAGCGCAGCUGGCGGCGGAGGCAAUGGUGGUGGAGCUGGCGGCGGAGGCAAUGGUGGUGGAGCUGGCGGCGGAGGCAAUGGUGGUGGAGCUGGCGGCGGAGGCAAUGGUGGUGGAGCUGGCGGCGGAGGCAAUGGUGGUGGAGCUGAUGGUGGUGGAGCUGGCGGCGGAGGCAAUGGUGGUGGAGCUGGCGGCGGAGGCAAUGGUGGUGGAGCUGGCGGCGGAGGCAAUGGUGGUGGAGGCAACAGUAGCGCAGCUGGCGGCGGAGGCAAUGGCGGUGGAGCUGGCGGCGGAGGCAAUGGCGGCGGAGCUGGCGGCGGAGCUGGCGGCGGAGCUGGCGGCGGAGCUGGCGGCGGAGCUGGCGGCGGAGGCAAUGGCGGCGGAGCUGGCGGCGGAGGCAAUGGCGGCGGAGCUGGUGGCGGAGGCAAUGGUGGCGCAGGCAAUGGUGGCGGAGCUGGCGGCGCAGGCAAUGGCGGCGGAGGCAAUGGCGGCGGCGCAGGCAAUGGCGGCGGAGCUGGCGGCGGCGGAGGCAAUGGCGGCGGAGCUGGCGGCGGAGGCAAUGGCGGCGGAGCUGGCAUGAGAGGCAAUGGCGGCGGAGCUGGCAUGAGAGGCAAUGGCGGCGGAGCUGGCGGCGGAGGCAAUGGUGGUGGAGCUGGCGGCGGAGGCAAUGGCGGCGGAAGUAAUGGCGGUGGAGGCAAUGGUGGUGGAGCCGGUGGAGGCAAUGGCAAUGGCGGUGGAGCCGGCGGCGGAGGCAAUGGCGGCGGAGCCGGCGGCGGAGGCAAUGGCGGCGGAGGCAAUGGCGGCGGAGUCUUAUCAUGCUAUCGUUAG